AUGGCUGCGGGCUCGCAUGCAAGGGGAGGCGGAUCUCUCGCGCGCCUUCUAGUGCUAGCUGUCUUACAAGUUAAAUUUGUAGCUCUAGGUCUGGAACCGGACUUCCGAUACCCACUGCAGAACGUGACAAUCGCGCAGGGUAGGGACGCGACCUUCACCUGCGUGGUUAAUAACCUGGGUGGUUACAGGGUGAGUGGCGACUCCGCCACCGCCAGGGUAGCAUGGAUCAAGGCAGAUACGAAGGCGAUUUUGGCGAUACACGAGCACGUGAUAACCAACAAUGCAAGGCUGAGUGUUACACACAACGACUACAACACGUGGACGUUAAAUAUCCGCGGGGUGAAGCGGGAGGACAGGGGGCAGUAUAUGUGCCAAGUUAAUACUGACCCCAUGAAAAUGCAGACGGCGUUUUUAGAAGUGGUAAUUCCUCCAGAUAUUAUAUAUGAAGAAACUUCUGGAGAUAUGAUGGUACCAGAAGGUGGUUCCGCUAAGCUUGUAUGUAAGGCACGCGGAUAUCCGCCUCCAAAAAUUGUUUGGAGGAGAGAAGACGGCGGAGAUAUUAUAUCUAGAGGAGGGCCGCAAGGUAAAAUGAAAGUGACAUCACUAGAGGGCGAGAUAGUGAACUUAACGAAAGUGACUCGAUCAGAAAUGGGAGCAUACUUGUGCAUCGCGGCUAACGGCGUGCCGCCCUCCGUGAGCAAGAGGAUAAUGCUGCAUGUACAUUUUCAUCCUCUGGUGCAAGUUCCAAAUCAACUAGUUGGUGCGCCGACCGGCACGGAUGUAACUUUACAAUGCCUCGUGGAAGCUUCGCCCAAAGCUAUUAACUACUGGACUAGGGAAAAUGGUGAAAUGAUUAUAACAAAUGACAAGUACCAAAUGAGUGAAAUCAAUAGUUCUGCGUAUAGCGUCCAAAUGCGACUCGUGGUGAGCAACAUACAGGAAAGUGAUCUGGGUGGAUAUAAAUGCAUCUCCAAAAACUCUAUAGGAGAUGCUGAGGGCAAUAUUAGAUUGUACGAAAUGGAGUUACCGCAUCGUAAAAAUCGAAUGGACGAAGAUCGUGACGCGGAGUUAGAAGAAAGCAAUGACGUCCGAUCUAGUCUCCAAGGUUCCUUGCGAGAGGGCGGAAGGCUGCAUGACGCUGGGUUCCUGGGAGGAGGCAGCCCGAUUCCCGCCGCCGCCGCUCGGACUAUACCCUACGCAAUUUUAAUAUGGGCCUUAGUAUACGCCAUGUGC